AAGAGGGAGGAGUUUUUCCAUCGUCUGACCUACACGGCUUUCCGUAGUAAGUUACGCGAAUCACAGGAAGUUGUUGAGCUAACCUCAUCCAAUCUGUCACAACAAUGCGGUUCCGAUUUUGUGGAGAUCUGGACUGUCCUGACUGGGUGCUUGCAGAAAUUAGCACCCUAGCAAGAGUGUCUAGCGUCAAGAUGAAACUUCUUUGUGUGCAAGUCAUUAAAGAUCUGCUUGAUGAGGGCAUCGAUUAUGACAAAGUUUCAAAACUAACGUCAGAUGCGAAAUUUGAAAGUGGAGAUAUCAAAGCCAGUAUAGCUGUCCUGGGCUUUAUUCUGUCCAAUGCUGCAAAACAUGAUGUAGACAGUGAAUCUCUCUCUAGUGAACUACAGCAACUUGGUCUGCCUAAAGAGCACACCACAGGAUUGUGUAAAUCAUAUGAGGAGAAGCACAAUGCUUUACAGGAGAAACUGAGAGAGAGCAGCUUACGCUUGGGUCGCCUAGAAGCGGUGAACUGGAGGGUAGAUUACACCCUAAGUUCCAGUGAACUAAAGGAAGUCAAUGAACCCACAAUUCAGCUCAGGCUUCAGUCACAAAACCCAGAAACAGACUCAACAGAGACCACUGUCAUCUCAGUCAGUGCUGACAAGUUCAGAGUACUGUUAACAGAGCUCAAACAAGCACAGGCUAUCAUGAAUGGGCUGCAGUGAUGCAUGCAUCCUUCGUUGGAGAAUUUACAUUUUUGUGCACUGAAUCGACGUGUAUAUGUAAAUGUGCUGCUGUAACAUUCAGUUACAAUAUACAGAACUGUUCGUCAUGUACAGACGUUAGCUUUGUCUUUUUGAUUAGUCAAAUGUUGCUCAAAUUGAGCAGGCAGACGGUAUACGGUGACACAUGGUCGGUAUUAUUAACAGCCGACCUUUUCUAAGCUCUAAUGGUCUGGAAAUAAAGACCUACUUUGAUCAA